AUGGUCGACAACAGCUCCCAUUCUCAUUUCACCAUAUCUAAGGAUGGUAAGGAACUCUUUCUCAACCAUUUGAAAGUGGAUCUUCCCUUCAAUUCAGGAAACCAUGAAUGUUCCAACUUUAAAACUCUUCCAUCCCAUCUUCACUUCCAUAUUGCUCUCGAGGAUUCAGAAAAGAAUCGAGUGGUCUACAAGUAUCACUAUCCAAUAUGGGCCAAUCAUUUUAUGGGUAGUUAUCAAAUGGCCAUGUCUCGACUUGGAUGGGAACCUAUUCGAAUUGCCGUGAUUGGAAAUCCAAAAUGGGGAAAAUCCACGUUUGUGAAUGAAUUGGGAGAUUUUACUUCCAUUGAUGAUCAUCGCAUUCAACUCGUUUCAGAUGUUGGUCUUGGAGUUCAGAAUGAUCACGCCACUCGAAUGGUUCGUCGAUUUUGUUUGUGGCAAGAAGGAAAAUUUGCAAAACUUCCAUUAAGUGUUUGUGUUCAAGAUCCACCUGGAUCCAAUGUUGGAGUGAUGGAUAAGGUUCCUCAAUAUAUAGAGUAUUUAGUGAAACAAAAGAUUACACCCGAUGAGGAUAUUAUUACGGAAUGUACAUUGAAUCCACAUUCAUGCUUGAAAAAGUAUGAACAUCAUCCAGAACAACUGCCAGAUGUCAUUGUGUACAUGAUACCCUUUGGUAUGAUUGAAAAGUCGAAAGAGAGCAUUACACCUAAUUUGCAAUACUUUCACAAACUUCAAAUUCCAGUCAUUCUCGUGGUGACUACUGGAGAAGAACGUAAACUUUCAGUGAUUCAUGAUGAAAUUAACAAAUUACAAGGAUACAAUUAUCAUUCGGUUGUAAUUUCCAAUGAACAUUAUGAACUCAAUGCUCCAAAGAGUCCUGAAGUCAUUCGUCGAGUCGCACAAAUUCUAAGGGAGGUCUUUGAUUUGGUUCAAAGCAAAAGAGGAGUCUUACAAACUUGGAAAGUGAUUGUGAAAAAAGUAUUCAGUGAAGUGUGGAAUCAAUAUGGAAUGAUCAUGCUCACAAUGACGAUGGCUAAUGUCAUGUGGUUGUUCAUGUUGAUCUUGUUGUAA